AUGGAUGAUAUUAAAAGCGCUGUUGUCUCGAUCUCAGCUGUCUCCGAGAUUCCGGAACGCAAGCGUACUUUUUCAAGUCUCUCGACUAUUACCACAUCAUCUCUCGCCACCACCAAGACACGUCAACCUCCCCGUGUAAGAAGCACUGAGAAGGUCCGCGAGCUAGUGCGACUGGCAAUAACAAGACUCCGAGUCCUUUUGAGCGAGAGCAAGGGUACGCGCAGGCCGAUCUCAGAGAAGGGCCUGUUCUCCUACAACUAUGUCGAGCCCCUUUUCAACUGGUGGGGCGCAAACGACCGUGUUCUCACCACACAAUGUCUCGGCCGAGUUGAAGCCUCCGAUGCUCUGGGUUCCGUGACGAAGCUUGUCAACGGGGCUUCUCACAACUAUGCUGGCUUUUAUAAGGCUACUGAUCAGGCUGAAGAGUUGCACCGACUCUGCUUGGAAGCACUGCCGGUGUCUGACACCCAGGCUGUUCCCCUUCUCCGAGACGAAACACAUCAUGCAAUCGCAGACUUCUUUGGAGCGGACUUUUGCUUCACCACCAGUACUGGGUAUGGGUCUAACUACAUCGCGCUGCCAGCGUUGAUAGAUUGCUCUACUGUGGUCAUCAUGGAUGAGAACUGCCACAACUCGAUGUUCACUGGCGUGUUUCUAGCUUCCUCGGCAAACCUGCGAAAGUUCAAACACAACAACAUGGAGCAUCUCGAGACUUUACUCAGCGGGUGUAUCGAUGAGUCCAUCAACGUCAUCGUGGCCAUCGAAGGUCUUUACAGUAUGGAAGCCGAUGUGCCCCCCCUAGAUCUCAUUCAUCGGCUGAAGAAGGACUACGACUUCACUCUUUAUUGCGACGAGGCGCACUCUUUCCUCUCUCUUGGAAAGACGGGUCGCGGAUGUCUCGAAUACUGGAACGACCACCACCCAGAGAGCCCCUUGCCCUGGGACCUAAUCGAUAUUCGCACCGGCACACUCUCCAAAGCUGUCGGUGGUAUUGGUGGUAUUAUCGUCGGCAAGUCCGUUUUCAAGGACAACAUCAGAGAGCGCAUCGAUGGCCUUGACGAACAGGACAAUGUCUCCUUGCCUAGCUCGACCAUGGUUCAGACGUUAUGGGUACUCGGUCAACCACGUCAAAUCAGCCGCAACCUCCAACGACUUGCCGAAAUCGCGCGAUUCUGUCGCGAAGAGUUGGAACGCUUUGGCAUAUUCGUUUAUGGUGACGUCGGUACGCCAGUUCUACCGGUCUACACCGGCAGACCCAGCGUUUCUGCGAAGCUGUCUUACGCCCUGAGAUGCGCCGGACUACUUGCGACACCAGUUUGCACUCCAGCAGUGCCAUUUUGGGAGAGCAGAGUUCGUAUUAACCUUUCGGCGGACUUUACAGACGAGGAGGUGAAUAAACUUGUUCAUGCUGUUAUCUGCGCUGCAGGAAACGUGGGCAUGGGAAGGAUGAGAAGGAUUUCUCGUUCCUCUUUCAUGACCGACGCAGAAGUUCUCGCUGGGGAUGAGGGCUGUAACGAGGCUUCGAAGGUCUUUGACUGGGUACGCAGCUUGGUCAAGAUGGAUGCUGCCAUGGGCCCGCACAGCAAUCAGAAACAGCUUUUUGAUGGUACUUGUGGUCCUCGGAUCCUCGACAUAGGUCAUGGAUCUCGUGCUCAGUAUGGCAUUGGAGCCGGCGGUGCCAGAUGGAUUUGUGGCACGUUUCCUCCACAUCUUGUAGUUGAAGACCUAAUUGCUCGUGCCACGGGUAUGGAGGCCGCCUUGACAUAUGCAGACGCUUCUAUAGGGUUGGCUUCCACCAUCGCAGCUCUUUCACGCCCUCUAAUAGGACACACGAAGCAUUUCAUGUUGUUUGAACGAGGCGCGUCUCAGUUUGUUCGCGAUGGUCUUGCAAUGGCAUCGAAGAAAGAUACCCCUACUCUGCUAGGAUACAUUGACCUCUUUCAACUGGUCCAACAGGUCAGAAAGCUCUAUCGGAAAAACGCGAAGUUGUGUCUGACGGUAUACGUCCGCGUUGGAGAGGACUCGGCUCAUCACUUGCUUUCCUCUAUCCUAGAAGAGAUUGCUGCCAUCACAGGUCCGGAGUCGGUUAUGACCAUCCUCCUCCAUUGCACAUCUCAAUACUUGGAUCCCAGACAACUUAUCUCUUUCCCCUCCUGUGAGAAUAUCCACGUCUUGGUCUGCGGCUCUUUCAAUCGCAUCUUUGGCCUGCCAGCAGGAUUUCUCACCGGACCACAGAGCUUAAUUCGAGAGCUCCGAUACACGAGUAGGGGCUAUAUGUUCACUACUUCCCCACCGCCAUUCGUCAUGGAUAUGUUGCGGAGUGCUCUUGAGUGGAAUCUUUGA